AUGGGCAAGAAUCAGAAGAAAUCGAAGUCUGCGGAGCAAAAAGCCCGCGUUGCUGCCAAGCAAAGCAAAAAGUCUGCCCAGAAAGAGAAAAAGGGCAAGGCUAAAGGCGUUGAUGAUAGCGAUGCAGAAGAUGUCGAUCUUGAAAGGGUCCUUGAGGACUAUGCGAAGAAGAAUUACAUCAUCCUCUUUGGCGGCUUUCAAGACACUUCACAACAAACGAAGUAUUUACAAGAUUUAUGGAUCUAUGACUGUCAAAAAUUUGUGUGGUAUACUCCCACGCUUUCCGUAGCAUCGCAGAAGCCUGAUGCACGGUCCUCAUUUUCAUUCCAUCCCCACGAAAAUGGCGCGGUCAUCUAUGGAGGCUACUCUCGGGUCAAAUCAAACGUUCAGACCAGGCAAGGCAAGGGCGCAUCCCAAGCAAAUAAGUCUUCGUUGAAGCCGAUGAUUCAUGAAGACACUUGGUUCUUGCGAAUCAAGCAGCCGGCAAACGACGAGAUCUCCGCUCAGCCUCAAGUCCGCUGGCAUCUUUUGUCCCCAAAGGAAAGGCGCAAAAAGCCAGCGAACCCACCAAGUCCACCCCGUGCAGGCGCUACACAAGCUUUCCACAAAGGUCGCGGGAUUAUGUUUGGAGGUGUUUUUGAUAUUGAAGACAGCGAGGAAGGCAUCGAAAGUCAAUUCUUCGAUCAACUGUAUACGUGGAAUGUAGAACGAAAUCGAUUCUUUCAGUUGUCCCUAAGACGCUCCCGGGCAAAGCCAGCCAAAAAAAAAACGGUCGAAGAUCGUCCCCGAAGAGGUAGGGGCAGGGCAGAUGAAAAUGAAUUGUUCCGAAAUUUGGUGGCUUUAGAGCAGAAAGGCACGAUAGAAGAAGCGGACACCAUGCAAGUUGAGGUUCUGGAGGAGGACAAAGAAGAAGCGCGGCCGGCGAAACCUGUGCUUGAUGUCAUGCCCCACAGGCGCUUCAAUGCGCAUCUCGCUAUUCAGGGGGAUGUGCUGUAUAUCCUUGGUGGGACCUUUGAGCAAGGAGAUCGUGAAUACACCUUUGAUGAGAUGUAUUCUAUCGAUCUUGGCAAGCUCGAUGGAGUACAUGAAAUCUAUAGGCGGGAUCUCGAGAAUUGGCAAGGUGAUGAGGAGAUGAGUGAGAGCGAGAGUGAUGAAGAGUCCAGUUCAGAAGACGAAAAUAUGGGGGGUGAUGAAGCGGAAGGUGUUCCACUGCCAGAAAGCGAGUUUUCUAAGCCUCAGUAUCCUGUCGAAAUGGAGUCGGAUGUGACAGAAGAUGAGGCAAUGGAUGAAAGACCGCAGGACGAACGGCCGCAUCCGCGUCCAUUUGAGAGCUUGCGUGAAUUUUUCUCCCGUACUUCCGGCACGUGGCAACAGAUACUUAUUGAUCACCAACGUGAUCAAGGGCGUGCAUCUGAGCAGUCUAUCAAGGAACUACGAAAGAUUGCAUUUGAAGAUGCAGAAACGAAGUGGUGGGAUUGCCGUGAGGAAAUCACUACAGAGGAAGAAAGGCAGGAAGAGGCAGGAAUCGAGAAAGUCGUAAGCCUGGCAGAUCGUUCAAAGGACGGAGUUGGUAUUGGCAAACGACGGUGA